GAGACCUCCCCUCGUCGAGGCAGUACAGCUCGCUCAUCGCCAUGCUGAACCUGUUCAGAAACAACCGCGGUGGCAACGCUGCGGCGGGGCCCAGCAGCCUUCGAGUGCCGCUGGCGCCCGAUCGGCGUGUGCGGGCGCAGCCUCGGUACAAGGCGGCCGCCUGGCUGCUCUUCCUGCAGAUGGAGAAGACGCUGGGCCGCUUCCACAGGGUGCUCAACCUGCCCGGCCUGCAGGACUUCCCGGCGAGCUCCCCCGGCGGCUCACCCGCGGUCAUUAGCUUACCCUGGACCGGCCACAAGCAGGAGGCGGCGUGCCCGCUCGGAGACCGAGAGUUCCGCGCCUGCCUGGACGACGAAGGGCGACUGCUCAAGCCGCUGGAGUUGCGCCUUGCCGUCUACAAGGGCGGAGUCGAGCCAUCUCUAAGAAAGGUCGUCUGGAAGCACAUUCUGAACGUGUACCCAGAAGGCCUGACGGGCCGCGAGCGGUUGGCGUACAUGCGCCGCAAGAGUGACCAGUACCUACAGCUACGCAGCGCGUGGAAGGCGCUCGUGGAAAAUCCCGGCUUCAGCGGCGACAUCCAACUGGUCAGCAAUAUGGUGCGCAAGGACGCUUUCCGCACCGACCGCUCGCACCCGUUCUACGAGGGCGCAGACGACAACGCCAACGUCGUCUCGCUCUUCAACCUGCUCACCACGUUCGCGCUCAACCACCCGUCACUGUCCUACUGCCAGGGCAUGAGCGACCUGGCGUCACCUCUGCUGGUGGUGAUGCGCGACGAGCCGCAGGCAUACGUGUGCUUCUGCGCGCUAAUGCGCCGCCUGGGGCCGAACUUCAACGCGGAUGGCGAAGCCAUGACGCUCAAGUUCAAGCACCUGUCCGAUCUGGUGGAGCACUUCGACUCGGCUUUCUUCAGGUACCUUGAGAAAUUCGGAGCCCACGACCUGCUCUUCUGCUACCGCUGGCUGCUGCUGGAGUUGAAGCGCGAGUUCGCCUUUGACGACGCACUGCGCAUGCUCGAGGUGCAGUGGAGCUCACUUCCACCGAUGCCACCCGACGGUGAGCUGCCCCUGUACGAGCGGCCCUACCACAUGGAAGGGGCCCUGCCAUGUACGUUGCUGUCGACGCACGCCGAUUCCAGCUCGCAGGGCAAGGUGCACGUCAUUUGCCGACCGAGCCCGCCGCCGGCUGCAGAGGCCUCGCCGUCGGCGUCGACCGUGUGCGGUGACGGGUCAGCAAACGGUGACAAAGACGAGCAGGAUGUCUGCAAGCCCGUCAACACGUCCGUCACACAAGAGCUGAGCACGGACCUGAACAGCACGAGCCGGCGGUUGGGCACAUGGUGCGACGGCCACGGAGACAGCGCUGGCAAGCAUACCUCUGACACGGAAGAUCCGCUCAAGCCGAACAGCACUGGCGACGAGCACCAUGCAUUCCAGGAAGGCGGCGCUUCCUCUAGCGGGGUCUGCACGCCGGAAUCAGGCGCUAUACCGCGGGCGAACGCUUCGAGUUUCGCUAAGAAGGCCCGCCGCCGAUGUGCGGCCAACAUGCGGCUGCCGCGGCCGCAGGAACUUGGCGGCGGCAACCCGUUCAUGAUGUUCCUUUGCCUAGCGAUACUCACGCAACACCGCGACGUCAUCAUGCGCGAAGGCAUGGACUACAACGAACUGGCCGUGCAUUUCGAUAAGCUGGUGCGCCAGCACGACUUGACCAGCGUGCUCCAGCGGGCCAGGGCCUUUUACUCCGAGUACUUGCGCCUCGGAUGGGACGAACCGUGGGAAUAGCACCCACGUGUGUGAAUCCGCGAUUUCAUAUACUCAACUGCAGUGGAGGCUGGCUGUUCCAACGCGGUCGGGUAAUCCAUAGGUCGUGGGCUGUCAGCUGCAGGUGAUGUGCUGCACGUGUCCUCAGUGCACAUCAAUCCUGCUGGCAGCCCAACGCCGUCCAUUCCAGGUAGCCUUAUUCCGCGCAUCAUCAUCGUUAUAUGUCUGAGGUCCAACCCAGAUGCGCGCCGUACUUGCUUUCAGAGCACUGUGCCCGGUUAGAUUUGAGAUUGAAUUUUGCGUCCCGUAUGACUUUACGGCUACAAACGUGCGUUUGUGUUGCCUUCAUGCUGGCUUACAUAUUGAACCAUGCAGCGAUAAGCCCUGUUAUCACAAUGGCCGUAGCGUAUGAUUGACUGCGAGCGCCGCCGUCAGGCCACCAUUAUGGUUGCAGCGGAACCAAGGUUUCAUUAUUAGAUUUCAUUAUGAGCUUGUCGAAAGCCGCAGC